AAUCAUGAAUACAAUAAAUACGAGGCAACACCUAUAAAAGCCAUGAGCGUUUUCGCCGAACAGCCAUCAAUUUCCAUUUAUUAGCUUUUCACCCUAAUCCUCGGCUCUGGCCCAAGGGCCUGCUAUCAAUUUGGUCCUACCAUCGUCUCUCUGCUCUCCCUGCCCAGACUCUCGCUGCAUCUAUCACUAAUCAACCGUGUGUACCUUCACUCCCUCUCCGCUCUUUAAGCAUCUAUUACAAACACGUUUUCGAGAUAUAAGGUAAUGGCGACUAUGUCCGUGCCCCAUGAUCCGGAGAAGGUUGAAGAAGAGUUUGUACUACUCGACCUGAAUGCUGUUUCUGAACAAGUUGAAAUCCAACCAAAUGCACCAUAUGUCCUAUCUGGUUUGGACACCUUGAACCCUACAUUGAUUAUUAACAACAAAUUGAAACUGGUAGGAGAGUAUGUAGAAACAAUUGGGACAUGCCUGGUCUUUAGCGAAAGUGAUGCCACUCCGGUGGUCCAUGUGGAGACGGGACCUUCUGAAGCAAACCUUUUCUCAGGCGCAUGCAUAAUCGACCCCAAUCAAGCUUCAAGCAAGCAAGUCAAGCCAGUAGCUCAGCUACAAAAAAUACUCAAGUUCAGGUUAGCCGAAGAAGUUGAUUGCAGAUACUUAACAGCAGAUCGGAAUGCUAUUGCAAGAGAAAUGAAUGACCGUAGCACAAGAACAAAAAUUCAAUAUGACCACAUGCAGGGCACUUCGUAGUUUUUCCUAUCAAAAUUGGUUGUACAUGAAGCAAAUCAGUUCGGUUUAUAUGUUCGCUUUGAUUUAAGCAAGGGUGGUAUGUAAAAAGCUGAUAUCCACAAGGCUUGUGAUGAAGGGCAAUAUAAUAGGGUGUUUGGUUUAACUUAAAAUGGUGUUUACUGUUUAUCAGUUCGAAAUUAUUUAUAAGUAAAAAGUAAUUUUUAAUUUA